UUAGUCCGACUCCAAAUGCUGCAUUUCCAUCCGUGGGUCGGAGGCAGAGUGUGUGUGCAAGGGUGUGUGUUUUUCUUUUUUCCUUUUUCCCUUUUUUCUUCUUCUUCUUUUUUUUUAUUUGACAGCUGUAUUACUGCUGAUAAGCGAGGACUGUGUGAGCUGAUCAAGUAGUGAGACAAGCGUCCAGAGCAGCAGCGCAGCAGCAGCAUCAGCAUCAGCAGCAGCAGCGCUCCAGUCACCAGGAGCCGAGGCGACACAAGCAGCAGCAGCACCAUCAGCGGAGGCAGCAACAAAACUCUCUCCUCUCCAUCUCCCUUCUUUCUGGAGUUACUCCCCGCUCAGAGGACCAAACAAAACAAACAAAAAAAGCCUAACGAAGUAAGAGGAGAAGUGAUCCGGGAGCUGCCAUCCACACACACACACACAAAGACGCACCCAAAACGCAGACCUGGCUGCCCCCAUGCCUAUCGAAUUUGUUUGCAAAAUCAAAUUUGCAGAAGAGGAUGAGAAGCAGAAAAGCCAGCAGGAUGGGGACCGGGAGAGCCUGAUCGAGGAGAGCUGCGCGCCCCCGGCUAAGGACUUGGCCGUGUUCGCCAAGUCCUGCUCUCUCCAUGGGAUUAACCACAUCUUCGUCUCCGGCCGCCUCGGCAUCCGGCAGACCCUGUGGGCUCUCGCCUUCCUCACUUCCCUGGCGCUGUUCCUCUACCAGGCGGCCAAGUGCGCCAUCUCCUACCUGGAGCACCCGCACGUCACGGCUCUGAACGAGGAGGCGAGCCCGGAGAUGGUUUUCCCCGCCGUGACCAUCUGCAACAUCAACCGCUUUCGCUUCUCCGCGCUCACCGACGCCGACAUCUACCACCUGGCCAACCUGACGGGUCUGCCCCCGAAAAACAAGGACGGCCACAAGCCGACCGACCUGAUGUACCCGGCGCCGGACAUGCAGGACAUCUUCAACAGGACCGGCCACCAGCUGGAGGAGAUGCUGAAGAGCUGCAAUUUCAGUGGGCACAACUGCUCGGUGGAGGACUUCUCCGUGGUUUAUACCAGAUACGGGAAAUGCUACACCUUUAAUGGUAACAAGACAACAUCCAGGAAAAGCAAGCAGGGUGGAAUGGGAAACGGGCUGGAGAUCAUGUUGGAUAUCCAGCAAGAUGAGUAUCUGCCCAUCUGGAGAGAGACAAACGAGACGUCCCUGGAGGCCGGCAUCCGAGUUCAGAUCCACAGUCAGGACGAGCCUCCCUACAUCCACCAGCUGGGCUUCGGCGUCUCCCCGGGAUUCCAGACCUUUGUUUCGUGCCAGGAACAGAGGCUGACCUACCUGCCCCAGCCCUGGGGGAACUGCCGCUCCACCAGCAAAGAGAAGUUCCCGGGAUACGACACAUACAGCAUCAGCGCCUGCCGCUUGCUCUGCGAGACCAACGAGGUCCUGCGCGUGUGCAGCUGCAGGAUGGUGCACAUGCCCGGAACCGCGGCGAUCUGCCCUCCCAGUAAAAUCAACUGUGUUGACAGAGCACUCGCACAGCUCCAGAAGAACAGUGGGGACACGUGUCCGUGCGAGACGCCCUGUAAUCUCACCCGCUACGGGAAAGAGCUCUCCAUGGUCAAGAUCCCCAGCAAGGGCUCCGCUCGCUAUCUCUCCAGGAAGUACGACAAGUCAGAGGACUACAUCAGAGACAACUUCCUGGUCUUGGAUAUCUUCUUUGAAGCGCUCAACUAUGAAACCAUUGAGCAAAAGAAAGCCUACGACGUGGCAGGUUUAUUAGGUGACAUUGGCGGACAGAUGGGCUUAUUCAUUGGAGCCAGCAUCCUGACGGUCUUAGAAAUAGUGGAUUAUAUCUAUGAGCAGAUGAUCAAGCACCGGCUACAACGUCUGCUGAGGCCGAAGAAAGACGACAAGAAGAACAAGAACAAGCAGCCGACCAGCACCGUUGCAACAGUGGGUCUAGAGGAAUUAAAAGCAAAGGAGCCGAACGACACGUCACGGAGUCCCCCGGAGGGGGCGUACGCCAACACCAUCCUCCCCAACCACCACCACCCUGUCCCGCACCCCCACCUCCCCCACCACCACCACCACCAACAACAGCAGCAGCAGCAACAACAACAACAACAACAACAACACCGCCACGCCGGGCGCCACGGGGUAUUUGAGGACUUCGCUUGCUAGAGCCCACCGUCGUUUCCAGGCCUGGUGACACCAAAAGAUUGAAUAAAAACGCCGAUGUUCAGACCAAUAACGGACCCCUUGGCAAUCUCCGUCGCUCCUUUUGCUGCCACCAGUGAAAAAGCUACAGCCAAAGUCAAACGCCAACCGGGUGCUGCUAACGGAGCACUUGUACGUACGUAGGCACAAAUCAGACACCGCUUCUUUCUUUCUGUUUCUUUCCUCCGGAUGGGACGCUCUCUCGACUUUGUGCGUCGGGACCAGUUGUCGACAAGAGGACUGCGUUUCACUUUGGUCGAGUUCCUACUCCAAUGAUUUAUUUAUUCAGCUCGCGUCUCUGAUUUUCUUUUCUUUUCCCCGCCUGUAUCUCUCCAUUUGUCCCUCCUCCUCCGACUGUUCCAUCACGGAAAACUGUACCAUGAAAAGCCAUUAUGUAAUUAUUUAAAGACAUGCUAUUAUAUAUAUAUAUGUUCUAUAUUGUAUACCAGGAGGAGAAUACUUAGAAAAUCUCACUCGCGUUCCAUCCAUCUAAAGGAUGAGGGGAUAUAUUUAGGUUGAACUGUAGACCUUUGCUUUAGAUCUAGCAGCAUCUUUCCACAUGAUACACUUUGUCUGGUUUGUGGUAAAGGUGUUAGAAAGUAGCAUUGUACCUGUACAUAAAGUCCAACUUUAAAAUGAGAAAGUUCUAAAGUUCUGUUUCAAUGGUUGUUGUUUAUAUUGAGUCAAUAUGUAACUUAUGUAAUAUAAAUAUGAGUUAUUUAUACAUUCAGAGAUGACUUUUAUAUGACAAUAUAGCGCUCAUGAUUGUAGCAAAUACUUAAACGUACAAUCUGCAGAUAUGUUAGACUGCCAAACAUCAAUACAUUUGUAAAGAUAACAAACGGACUGUAUGGAUCGUGACUUGUCCAUCUUUUUCCUCCCGUGCGUUCUUGCUUUCCCAAGAAGACACGCAAAUCCUGGAUGACAAGCGAAUGUCUUCAGUAAGGAAAUAGUCCUUCUUACGUUCUUCUUCUUCUUAUUCAAUUCAUUUCUGCCCAGCAUCCACUCUUCACUUUGGUUAGCAUCAUAACUUUGAGCUGACAUAAGCAAUAAGAAACUGAAUUUUAUUUUUUGCCGAGUCAUCUGCUUCAGCUUGUGGGCCCUCUGUAAAAGUGUAGCAGCAAUUUACUAUGUAGACCCGGCAUCAAUACUCGUGUGUGUGUGUUUGUUUGUGCACUUCAACAUUUUGCACACAUGAUUGAACAUAUUGGGCUGAUGCGACUCGGCGGAAAAAAAAUAAACGUUUGAAAAUGGA